ACUUUAGAAAACUACCAAACAACUUCAAAAAUGUUCAAAUUCUUCAUUGUCUGCUUGCUCGCUAUCUUCGCCUGCGCCAUGGCUAACCCCGCCGUAGUUGCUUCUCCCUACGCCUACUCUGCCUACUCCGCUUACUCUCCCUACACUGCCUACUCUGCUCCAGUAGCUGCUGCCACUUACGGUGCCUAUCCUUACACCGCUGGUUACUCUGCCUAUCCUUAUGCUGCCGCUGCUUAUGUACGUUAAGUUGUGGAAUCAUAAAGAUCAGUAGCUUAUAGCUUAAGGAAAGAAGGACUGUCUAAAGGACUUGCGCAAUUUUUUAAUGGAACCGGAAACAACUUUUGUAAAUUAUUUUACAAUUGAUUGUCUUACAAUUUUUGUUUAUGUUGAACUCUAUUGAGUUUGGAUAUAUUUUU